UUAAAAAACAGGUUUUACAUUAGCUAAGAAGCUAGAAAGCAAGAGUAAUGUAGGAGAUAAGGAAGUGUUAGCGAACUAACCACUUGGUCCCAAUAACUCGAAUUGUUGGAAAAGAGUUUGUUAAACCUUUUAAUCUCUUACACGUCCCCCCUCAAACGAAAGCCGAUGCCGAAUUGUGGAUUUGUACAGUUUGAACCCUUAUGCAAUUAUACUGCUAAAUCACGAGGCAUUAGUUUGCACAGGUUGGACAUAUCAUCCCUUGUACUAAAGGAAUGGUAUAAAAUGAAGAUCAUCAUGAGUAUUUGUAACCAUGACCUUUCAGUUCUAACUCUAAUAACAUGUUGGCAAACUAACCACUUAGUCCCAAUAAUUCGAGUGAUUAGAAAAGAGUUUGUUAAACCUAAAUCUCUUACAGGACGUGAUUCCUUGCGUUAAUGAUAUUGAUUUUACAGGUCAACUGUUUUGUUUCUUUCGUUUUUCUCUGCUUAUAUUCAAAUUGUUACACGCGCUAAAGAAAGAAAAGAUUCGAUCUUGCACUUCCCCGCCUGGUAUCGCUCUUUAUCCAAAUCGUCGUGCGCUCCUCCUUGUAUCCAUCUCACUUUUUUUUUUAUAAUUCAGGUGUGUUCGGCAAAGAUUUGAUCUUUGCACUUCCCCUUAAAACCUCACGACACCAUUCCGUUGCCUUACAGAAAUCCAACUCACCGAAAACCAAUCACCCCUAAUCCCUUCCCCUGUUUCUCCUCAACAAUGACAGCAAUGGCGGACAGAGGAACCGCGGAAAGCAGAGCAGGGAAGCUCCGGAGAGCGCUGUCGAGGCUGCUGACGGCGAGCAGGAACUACUACGUGACCAGGAUGUCUGAAUUGAGCGACAAGGUCCAGACCCAAGCAAUCCCGCCCAUCGGCGGCUGCCCUCCCAGCUUGGGCUCUCUGCCCCGUGUCUACAGCUUCGGCCGACCGGCGAAACACAGCAGCAACAGCUAUUGGGAAGAGCAGAGGGGGCUUGUCGUCGCGGCGGACAAGGUGCCUGGCCGUCAGGAUUUGGCCGACAACAAGAUCAAGUAUUCGGCUGGCAGGUUUGCGAGGAAACGUCAGGUGGUGGAUAUUGGGAUCGGGCUCGGACGGAUCGAGGAAGAAGAGAAGUCGUUACUGGGUGGAGAUUAUCAGUGGUAAAUCGAAACCUGCAGAAGCUGCAGAAGCCUGUUUCGUGAUUCAAAGUUAAAAUGUACGUUUACUAAGGUUAGGAAAGAGAAUAAGAAUGUGAGAGCGUU